AGCCUGGGCUAGCCACACUUCGAUUGAUUCGAUUGAUCUUGGCGAAUUGGUGAAGCUGGUCCGAUGGCGUUUAUGUGCUGCUGCACUUCUGAUGAGGGCCAGACCGUGGAGGCGCUUGCCUCGCCGGUGGAGCGCCUGAGCGACAAGCCGAAGCUUGCCGGCUCUGAUGAGGCCAAGGAAGCGGAGGCGAUGGCCAGUCCCCGCAAUGACAGGGAGUUCGAGGUUGUGAUUGAGAAAAGCCCGGACGAUCAACGGAUAGGUUUGGAUAUCAGCGUCGUUGGCGGCAAAGUCUUGAAGGUGUGGAAGAUCAAAGAUGGCUUGGUCAACGAAUGGAACAAGACGGCCCCGCCCGACCAACAGGUGCGAUCUGGAGACGCAGUUGUUGCCGUGAAUGGAAAGCGGGGCAGUGCCGACCAACUGCUUGAACAAGUCUCGAAGGGCCGGAAGGUUACGAUCCUAUGCUCGCGAGGAAUGUUCGCCUGAACGGGAGGCUUUUUUACCGGCACCCCUCCCAAGCCAUCCUGUUGGGAUGCGCGGAGAGGGUGACCGCCGUGAUCGCCGUGAUCGUCUUGACAGUGAACAGGAGUUCACUGUCGAAAUUCAUGCCUGUUCUGAAAGACUGGCGUCCUUGCUGUUUGCCUGCGCUGAACAUUUGCCUGUAAGUCGCCCAGCUGCCCAAACAAGG